AUGGCGUCUGCUGAUGACAAGACGUGGCAAAGAGAUGCAGCCGAUCAAAACUUUGAUUAUAUGUUUAAAUUGCUCAUCAUUGGGAAUUCUGCAACGGGGAAAACAUCAUUGCUCUUUCGCUAUGCCGAUGAUUCAUUUACCUCCGCAUUUGUUUCUACAGUUGGCAUAGAUUUUAAAGUGAAGACGGUCUUUCGAAACGACAAGCGUGUCAAGCUGCAAAUAUGGGAUACGGGUGAGUUGAAUUGUAAAACUUGUGUUGUAAACUCUUGACCAAAGAGAGUCUCACAUCUGUGUUCUGUUCCUAGCCGGGCAAGAAAGAUAUCGUACAAUAACUACGGCUUAUUAUCGUGGAGCAAUGGGCUUCAUUUUACUGUACGAUAUAACAAAUGAAGAGUCAUUUCAAGACGUUCAGGACUG